AUGCAAUUCAAGCCCGCGUUCAGAAUUCGCCUGACGGAGAGGAAAUCAGCCAUGGUGGAGUGCAUGGAAGGCAGCCACAGCAGGCCCCACCACCGCCACAUGCAGAUUCAGAAGGACAGGUUCACCACCCAGUGCAACAAGGCAGACCACCAAAUGGAUAUACCAACGCGGCUUAGGGACGAACGGGUGUGGGUGCUGGUGCAGGAGGACAGACAGCAGUAUGACUGCCUGACCUACCGCCACCUCUACCUCCCGCCGAGCCACCCAGACGACCUCAUCAGGCCAGGCCUCUUCCAAUGCAACUGCAAUGUCUACGGCCUAUCGAUUGCCAUGCUCAGCUUCCAUGGGAAGUAUGCCAGGCUCACGAAGAUCACGGGAGACUCCAACCCGAGGUUAGAGAUCCACCUCAUGCGCCGCAUCCAGCUGCCAGAUGGCGAGAUCUUCCCCAACUUCAACGAGCUCUCCCGCGUGGUCCAGGAGAUUGAUGAGCAGGUGAUCCGGGAGCAGCAGCAGCAGCAAGAAGACGGGACUGAGGAAAGCCAGGGCCAUGGCUGGCAGAGCCAUGCCCAGCCCAGCGUCAGAGAGUCCGGGGAUGCAGCUUCAGAGGAGCAGCCUGUUCCCUUUGUUCUGCCUGUGGACAUGCUCUCAAGAGAGCAGAACUACCCCCAAACCUGCAGGAUGUGUUUCUAUGGCGUGGACACACUUACUUUUACUGUUGCCUUAAAUGGCUUCGCCUACACCAGUCGCAUCCCUGGAGUCUUCAUUCUGUUCGAUGAGAACCACUUCGGGAAGACACCUGAAGAUGGGAAACUGGUAGAAGUCAAAGCCAUGAUCCAAAGUAGUCCUCAUCCAUCUCAAGGAAGAAUACUCAGACCGUUGCAGUACCCUGACCUGGGACCAUGGGUGAGGGUUGAGGUGGAAAUGGAAAGAAUUCCCUUCAUUCAAAAAUAUCCUUCUCCUAAUACUUACCGAGCUCUGACUAUGUGUCAGAUGAAAAAAAGGCCGAGGCUCAAGGAACUUGCCCGCAGCCGCGUAGUUGGUACGACGCCGAAGCAGGCCUGCCUGGUUCCAGAGCCUGUGUUUGCCAGCCCAUUGGGCCGAAAUGCCCUGGCUGGGGCUCCUUUGGCUACGGCAGUUACAAAGCCUCAUCCAGAUCAAGGGGCAGGAGACCUGGACAGCACCUAUUGGUGGAAGAAUGUCAAAGAGUUGGCAGGCCAAGGAACCAAUGUGGAGCUCUGCCAAACACCAAAUAUGUCCACGCCACUUAUACACAGCUUGGCCCAGGAAGGAGAAGUGACCUUGGGCAAGGUGGCCCUCUUCAGCUGA